AUGCUCCACGGAGAAGAAGACCCGGAUCUGACUGAGAUCCGCUCCACAGCCAAGGACAAGGUCGACUUCCACGACCCCCGCGCUGUGAGGCAGCUGACCGCGUCGCUGCUGAGACGCGACUUCGACCUUACCGUCGACCUUCCGCCGGACAGGCUGUGCCCUCCCACCUCCCGAUAUCUCUACGUCCGCUGGAUCCAAGAUUUGGUCGAAUCAAUCAAUCCGUCUUACUAUGAUCGUUUUGAUACCACAUCCACCUCGCCACCCCCGAACCCAUAUAAAGACCGGCAGGUGAUAGGUUUAGAUAUCGGCUGUGGAGCAUCUUGCAUAUACACUCUCCUCGCGCUACGGACCCGGCCAAAAUGGCGCAUGAAUGCCACCGACAUAGAUCUGCUCAACUUCUCGCACGCGCUAAGAAACGUCCAGGCAAACGGAUUUUCGGCGCGCUGCCAUGUCAUGAAAACAAAGCGGGAUGGUCCUCUGAUUCCGCUGGUGGCACUUGAACUUGACCAGCUCGACUUUACCAUCUGCAAUCCCCCCUUCUUCUCCUCCAUCGCCGAGUGGAAAGCCUCUAUUUCUGGUGAAGGCAAGGACAAGGGACCAAAUUCGGUCUGCACUGGCGCCGAGGUGGAGAUGGUAACAGAAGGAGGCGAUCUGGGGUUUGUGCUCCGAAUGGUCGAGGAAAGCUGCGUGCUCAAAGAAAAGGUUGCGUGGUACACGUCUAUGCUGGGGAAGUUAUCAAGUACUGUCAAGCUCGUGGAGAAAUUACGGGAGCUUGGCUGCAGGAACUGGGCGGUGUGCUGCCUAGGCGCACAACAUAAGACCAGAAGAUGGGCCGUAGGCUGGAGUUGGCGGGAUCUACGACCAAGAACGGAAAUCGCUCGCCGGGAUAUGAACAUCAAGCACAUCCUUCCAUUGCCAACGGACUACAAGCUUCCCAUCUCGGAUGUACCGAUGGAGCGCUUCGCAAAAGCGAUCGACGAGACGAUGCACAACCUGGCGCUUCAAUGGAAGUGGAAUGAGGAGCUACGCCUUGGAUACGGUAGAGCAACGAAGAACGUCUGGUCACGAUCAGCGCGGAGGAAGAGAAAAAGGGAAGACGGAGCGAAGCAACCAACGAACAGCAAAGCCGCGGAGCCCAAGGAUGAGAGUGGUAAUGAGAUCGCCCUAGGGUUCGAAAUAAGUGUUCAGGCCGACGAGCUCCUAAUCAGAUGGGUCCAGGGGCAGGAACAGGUGCUAUUCGAGAGUUUCUGCGGCAUGAUGAAGCAGACACUGCAGCCAAUGCUUGCGAAGCCCCAGAAAGAAAGGAAUAUCAAAAAGGAACAAUGA